AUGACCAACCCGUUGGAGUCUCCCGAUACACCUGAUUGGGCUAAGGAUGCCCUCGCUCGCCAUGAGGCACCGAUUCUGAGGGAGUACCUCUUACUGGACCGACCUGAGGAGGUGGAUGAGGAGUUGCCAGUGGAUAGUGGGGAAUCGAUUGAGGAGGUUGGAGGAGACGAGGAGCAUGGAGGAAAAAGGAAGAGGAGAAAACAUGGACAGAACAAGACGUCGGAAAGGAAAGAUAAUUUGAAUGUUAUCAAUAACAACCGGCAACUAUGUGUGGUUGUUGCACGUGGAGGUCGAUGUGCCUUUGGUGAUGAAUGUAAGUUCAAUCAUGAUGUGAAGGCAUACUGGGCUGAGAAGCCUGAUGACCUCCCAGGAGAGUGCCCCUUCCCAAGCCUACUGCAUGGUAGGUGUCCCUUUGGUCUCAACUGUAGGAUGGCUGGCAGUCACACUAAAGUAUUAGAAGACGGUUCGCCAGUGGACAUCAUCAGUACACACGGUGAAGCUACUGGGCCUACCGACGGCCCAGGGGAGGAACUGGACUCCCUCGUCCUCAAUUCCACUACUCACCAGCUCAGACUAGACCUCAGAGGAAAGAAGUAUGUUUUCCCUGGCUCGAAAGCUGCGCUCAACAAGAAAGUGGUGGAGAGAAUAGGCCCAGUGGGGCCGGGUGUAAAGGAGAGAGUACCAUUCUCCAAACUCAUCCACGGACGGCCUCCGAUGCUCGCCCCGUUGACGACAGUAGGGAAUCUCCCUUUUAGACGACUGUGUGUCAGUCUUGGUUGUGAGGUGACCGUAUCUGAGAUGGCCCUCGCGGAAUCGCUGCUGAAGGGCAACCGAGCCGAACAUGCUCUUCUAAAGAAGCAUCCCGAUGAGAAGAUAUUCGGCAUACAAGUUGCAGGAGGCUUCCCCGAUAUGAUGAGCCGAUGUGCUGAAAUGCUGUGCCGGGAGAUGGAUGACUUCGACUUUCUCGACAUCAACAUGGGUUGUCCAUUGGAGGGCCUCCAUAAGAAGGGUGCGGGGUCGGCUUUAAUGACACGUCUGGGUAAGGCUGAAGGAGUGAUGAGCUCGAUGGCUAAGGUCUGUCAUGCAUAUGAUAAGAAUCUAACAGUCAAGAUCCGCACUGCCCAUUAUGGACAGAACCAUGUCUAUGACAAGGUUGCUGCCCGUGCUGUAAGUUCUGGUGUUGAUGGCGUGGUACUUCAUGGUAGAACAGCUCAGCAACGCUAUAGUCGACCAGCCGACUGGACCUUCCACACUAAGUGUCGCACUGCUAUGGAUUCUGCCGUUCCUGGUAACGCAGUCCCCUUAGUAGGUUGUGGUGAUAUCAUUGACUGGCGAGAGGCUAUCGAGAGGAUGGAGACUCCCGGUGUUGAGGGCUUAAUGAUAGGCAGAGGAGCUCUGAUCAAGCCGUGGAUAUUCACCGAGAUAAAGGAGCACCGGGACUGGGAUAUCUCCAGUGCUGAGCGUUUGGAGCUCCUCAAGCGUUUUGUAUCAUACGGUCUUACCCAUUGGGGAACCGACACGAGAGGGGUCGAGAGCACGAGACGAUUCCUCUUGGAGGCCCUCAGCUUCCUGUAUCGGUAUAUACCCCUUGGAUUGAUGCAAGGUAUGACACCAAUGAAGAUCGGUUGGCGACCUCCUCGGUAUAUGGGUCGUAAUGAUCUUGAGACGUUGAUGGCGAGUAGCAAUUCUGAAGACUGGAUACGACUUUCGGAAUUGUUGAUUUGUCCGGCCCCACAGGGAUUCAAGUUCGUCCCCAAACAUAAGAGUAACAGUUACGAUGCAGCAUUCACUGAGCCGGUCUAUAAGACAUUGGGUAUAUGA